AUGUCGGCCAGAAUACCAAGUGCGACUGUCCCCUUCACCCCCAAACCCGCCAAACGGAGCACCUCCAGUCGGUUGACGUUGAGCCAAAAGGAGAUCAACAAGAUCGCCGGGACGUUGGCUUCUGUUCGGAAGGUCAGACCGGGAAUUAUUAUCGAAGAGCUGGAUCAUAGUGGGGAAGGUGGACAAUUACCUGGGAGACAAGACGCACUAGAGGGUCGUAGUAGAUUACCGAAAGAGAACGAACCUGGUCCAUCUAGACGACCAUCAACUUUUCGUCAAACAGACCGAAUAUCAUCUCAAACAUCUCGAGCAUCAUCAAGUUCCUUCAAACCUCCUUCCACUCGGACUUUAGCCACUAUUGAGGAUGAUGAUAGACCCCGACAUAGAUCUGGCAAAGAGCCAGAACGGUCUCCAGCGCAAACUCUCCCGGCAGAGGAAUCUCUAGUGAAUGGAGUUGUGUCAGGAACCGCUAAAGAGGUCAGAUUGCUGGAUGGCGUUCCGUUGGAGAUCCAAGAGGCUUGGAUCUGCGAGGACCUGAUGUUUGUGCUUCAGGGUGUUGAAGGGACAUUGAUACGAUAUGAUGAUAAUUACGAUCCCUUAGAUGCUACACAACGAUUACAAGGUGUCAAAUGGAGAGUGGAUCCGUCAUUGGACCCCUCACUCUUAUCGCUGGUUGAACGCUUAUUACCACUCGCAAGCUUUUUCACUUCCGUCGCCGCUUCUAUGGAGCUCAGGAGUAGUCCAGAAUUUGGUAUGGUCAGUCACGCCCUGUGUAGUGGCAUACGGUCGAUGUUAAAAGAAUACCGAGUUCUUACUGCUCAACUGGAAUCUUUAUAUCUUUCAUCCUCUACUUUCACCCUUCAAACCUUAUAUUUUCAUCUCCACCCCACGUUACACACAAUGUCUCUGCUCUCUUCACUCUGUCUUGCGCUUGAGACGGAUGAAAGCGGACCGGAUCUUGAGGAAUCAUCUGACGAUGAAUUUGAUGCCAAGGCUGAAGAAUUGGGGUUGGGAGGCGCCGGACUCAAGGGAUUGAUGAAGAAUUUAAACGCCCAGGAAGGUCUGGGAAGUAGUGGACCAGUGUUGGGAGGGGAGGUUUUAGGUGUCAUUUGUGAGAGAGACGCCAAGAUGAGCGGAGAUCCCACCGCGUCGACAUUACAUUCCACUUUGUUGUUACAUGCCUCUCAGCCUUACUCAAAGAUGUUAUCACGGUGGAUCUCAACAGGAUAUCUGUCAGAUCCCUAUGAUGAAUUCAUGGUCAAGGAAAGUGGACACAUCACUAAGGGUGUUUUGGAAAGCGAUUAUACCGACGAGUAUUGGGAGAGACGAUAUACGUUACGAGACGGAUCAUCCAUCGCAUCUUCCUCCAAAGUCAGCGCUGGAAAGUCUACACUAGCCUCUGCUGCUCCUCACGUCCGAGAUGGAUCAGGUCGUCUUCCAGGAGGUGCCUGUAUACCUCCAUUUCUUCAACCUUGGAAAUUCAAAAUACUUCUUGCGGGGAAAUACCUUAAUGUAGUACGGGAAUGUGGCAUCGAGGUCAAAAAGCCUGGCGAGGUGGAUAGUGAGGAAGAUGGUAUGGUGGUUAUCAAUGAACCCAAAUUUUAUAAGCGGAUAGAGGAUGCUUACAUAUACGCCAACAAGACCCUUCUCAGACUUAUGUUGGAGGAACAGGAGUUGAUACCCCAUCUGAGAUCGAUGAAACACUUUUUCUUCCUCGAUCAAUCCGAUUUCUUGACCAACUUCCUCGAUUUGGCAGGUUCAGAAUUGAAAAAACCAGCAAAGUCCGCUUCCUUGGUCAAAUUGCAAUCUUUACUUGAUCUCGCUUUACGCAAUCCCGCCAGCUCUAGCUCGCUCGAUCCCUAUAAAGAUGAUCUCAAAGUCACCAUGGCGAGCCAAGGUUUAUACGAAUGGUUGAUGAAGAUUGUCAGUACGACAGGUAGUAUGGCAGAUGGUGCCGAACUUGAUUUUGCGCCCGAAGAGGCGAUAAGGGACGAUGAUGCUCAAUCUCACAAAUCGGGGAAAGAGCGGAUACUCAUAGCCCUCGACGCUUUAGCAUUCGAUUACUCGGUCAAAUUCCCUCUCUCACUCGUCAUCUCGCGAAAAACAAUCACGAGAUACCAACUCAUCUUCCGGUUCCUCCUUCACCUUAAUGCCCUCGAGUCGGCUCUAUCAGCCAUGUGGCUCGAACAUAAAGCUCCUCCAUGGCGAAACCAUUCCAAUGAUGAGGAUAUGGAGAAAUGGAAGAUGCGCGUGUUUUCCCUUCGUGCUCGUAUGUUAGCUUUCGUCAGACAAGUGUUGGCUUUCGCCACAGUUGAAGUGCUGGAGACGAAUUGGAAAUCGUUAGAAGGGAAAUUGUCUAAAGUUCAAACGGUGGAUCAACUCAUGAGGGAUCACGUCGACUUUUUAGAUACGUGUUUGAAACAGUGUAUGUUGACGACGUCAAAAUUGCUUGGAGUCUACGCAAAACUCAUGGCGACAAUGUCGGCUUUUGUUUCAUACCAAUCUUCCUUCAACGCCGCUCUCUCCAAGUUCCUCGCUGAUCCUACGACGGAAUCAGAUCCUGCCAAAGCGAACCAAAGAUGGACGGUGCUGAGUAAAUUCGAGAUCAACUUUAAUCAUCAUACCAAACUUCAUCUGGAUGCUGUGACUUAUAAUGCUGGAAGUGAGAAUGUGGCCUUGUUGGCUCUUGUGACCCGACUACAUCAGACGACCUUACGGAUAUAG